AUGCGAUUCCUACACUCGUUCGCAGCGCCCCUCCUGCUCUUAGCUGCCGGCGCCGCUCAAGCAGCUUCUUCGUCCUGGGGCUUCGACGAUGCGAAGCUCACUGUGACGGCCAAGAAGACCGGGACCAAGGAGCCGGAUAUUAGACAGUUCAACGACAAGACACCUGUCCUCCCAACUCCCGUCGUGUUCGAUAGCUCCGACAGCUUGAAGAUUAUCUUAACAGCCAAGGAGAACGGCAAGGGCAAGCGUCCUCACCAGGCAUUCCUCGUGCUCCGCGAGCCGAGCUCCGGGCUCGAGGCCCCGUUCCCGUUGACGGUGAAAGACAAUGGCAAGGCGACCGUUGAAAUCAAACACAGCGACCUCCCCCUCCAACUCGCCAUCGCAACGGCCCCCCUCAAAGCAUCCCUAGUCAUCGCCUCAUUCGGCUCCUCCGCCGGCCUCGUCAAAGACGUCUUCGACGUGGAUAUCGUGCGCGACCCGGCCGCCAAGCCCCUCGUCUACGAGAAGCCGCUGCGCUACGGCAAGCUCGACGAGAUCCACCAUAUCUUCCGCGACGACCCCAAGAGCCCGCCUAAGCUCAUCUCCAUCAUUUUUGUUUUCGCCGUUUUGGCCACCGUCCCGCUUCUACUUACUACCUGGGGUAUCACCGGCGGCAACCUCUCGCAUCUACCCACAGCCCUGAGCGCCGCCCCCGUUGCGCACGGCACUUUCCUAGGAUCUAUCGCCGCCAUAGAGCUUGUCUUCUUCCUGUACUAUUCUACGUGGAACCUAUUCCAGACUCUACCUUUCAUCGGCCUCGCUUCCGUCAGCAUCUUCUUCAGCGGCUCCAAGGCCCUAGGUGAGGUGCGGCGCCGCCGGCUGGCCGGGGAGAGGUGA